AUGUCUGUCUCUGCAGUGGUGAUCCCCAACCCACUCGGACAAUACGAUGUGUUUUACCACACGGCCAAAAUGGUCGAAAAGACCAGAGUCGAUCCCUUUGAUCCCAAGCAUGGUCCGCGUGUAGUUAUGACUUCAAUAUUUGCUCCAACCCACUGCAAAGUCACUCUAGAGAAGAAAGACUACCUGCCCCCCGCAACAGCCGAAUACUACUCUGAACUAUACGGCGCAUACGGACUUCCCAACGGUUCGCUUCAAUCCAUCUCUUUCCAGGCAUGCCCAGAGCCGCCACGAGGCCAUCACCUCCAUUUUCCGGUGGUGAUCUUCUCGCCUGCUCUCGGCACGACACGCCUGUUCUACAAUGCCAUUGCGCAGGCUGUGGCCAGCGCCGGGUACAUCGUGGUGUCUCUUGACCAUCCCUAUGAUACCGAGUUUCUGGAGUUCCCAGACGGAAGCAUCGUGACUGCAGCAAACAUCAGUGACGCGCAGGUUCCACUAGAUGUCGAAACCAGAGCUCAGGAUGUGAGGUUCGUGCUGGAUCAGCUGGGCACAAAGGCUGGCGUCGCAGCCCUACUCCCUGGAACAGGGGCUGCGGGAUUGAGAACUCGGCACGUUGCGAUGUAUGGUCACUCAGUCGGGGGUGCAGCUACCGCCGCAGCCAUGCAUCUGGACCGUCGGAUUGUUGCAGGUGCAAACCUGGACGGGUCAAUGUUCGGACCGGUGGUUCAAAAAGGCCUUCAGGGACCAUUCCUCCUAUUCGGACAUGAAAACAAGACCCAGAGGACAGACUCAACGUGGAAAGAGUUUUGGUCAAAUCUGCAGGGGUGGAAAUUAGAGCUGGAAGUCGCCAAGAUUCAACACUACGCAUUCUCCGACUUGCCGUUUCUAUUGAAGCUCCUGCGUCUGCCUGUUGAGCAGAUACCGGCCAUUCAAAUGAUGGUUGGAACUUUAGACGGAGCCAAGGGAUUUGAAAUUGUUCACCGAAACGUCGCUGCCUUCCUAGGCUUUGGGCUUGGCCAAACCUCGCAGUGUCCGCUUCAAGAGACAAUCUCGGAGUAUUCGGAGAUAUCGGUCUUUGCGCGCAGUAAAUGA